GUGGGAGCUGGCUUGGUGGCAAGCGCGGCCUUUGGUCGACGCUCAGCGAAGCAGUCGCGCCAGCGGGGUGUUGUGUCCAUGGCCGCCCGUGGUGGCGAGAGCUAUGAUUCCUUGGUGAAGGACUUGCAAGAGCUUGUGAAGACCAAGCAAUGUGGACCAAUUUUGAUCCGUUUGUCUUGGCAUGAUGCCGGUGUUUUCUCCGAUGGCAAGCUCAAGGGUGGUUGCCCAAAUGCGGCCAUGCGAUUCACCGAUGCCGGUGAAGGCACCUUUGGAGCAAACGCUGGGCUGCCUGAUGUUGCUUUGGGCCUUUUGAAGCCCAUCACCGAGAAGUACGUCCCCAGUGUCAUCGGGCAUGCAGAUCUUUGGACCCUGGCGGCCAACGUGGCCAUCAAGGAGAUGGGUGGCCCUGACAUCAAGACUCGCUUUGGCCGCAAGGAUGCUGAAAGCUCAAGUGACUCGGUUGAGUCGCAGGUCGGACGAUUGCCAGAUGGUGACAAGGAAAUCGAUCAUCUUCGAGAGAUCUUCCACCCCAAGGGCUUUGAUGACAAGGACAUUGUCGCCCUGUCUGGUGCGCACACCGUAGGCAAGUGCCACCUUGAUCGUUCUGGCUUUGAUGGGGCAUGGACGGAGGAGCCCCUGAAGUUCGACAACACAUACUUCAAGGAGAUGCUGGAGAAGGAAUACAGCGAGGACAAGACCGAGAAGGGCAAUCCUCAAUUCAAGAGCGGCAGCGGCACAAUCAUGUUGAUUUCCGACUUGGCACUGCUGAAAGACUCUGCCUUCAAGAAGCACGUGGAGACCUAUGCUAAGGAUCAGGAUGCCUACUUCAAGGAUUUCACUACUGCUUGGGUCAAGCUGCAGGAGAACGGAGUCACAGGCCUCCGAGACAGCCUUUGAAUGCCCUCAGUUUGACCUCUUGGACCUCCGCCAAGCAGCCGCUGCCUUGCAGACCAUUUUGGUGAAGUGGUUUGAGCCAUCAGGGCGGCCAGAUCUUUUUCCAUAGAUAAAGAGACCCCAGCGAUUGCUACCCCUCUUGUGCGGAGUGACAA